AUGGAACCAGCGAGACUGCUCCAACUUUCUGCAACGGAGAUUCACGAAUUAAUCCGAACAGGAAAUACCACCGUUGAGGAAUAUGCUCUGACUCUGAUCCAGCGAUGUGACCAGAGACAGCCUGAAGUACAUGCAUGGGUUCAUUACAACAAAGAAGGCAUCAUAACUCAGGCUAGAGCACUCGACGCUCUUCCGACCAACAAACGAGGCCCCCUCCAUGGAGUCGCAGUCGGGAUUAAAGACAUUUUUUUGACCAAGGGCAUGCAAUAUAUGCCUACCCGAUAUGGCUCUGCUAUCCACGAGAACGACGAUAAUGCUCCAGCAGACUCUGCGGCCGUAGCCAUCCUUCGCGCCGCUGGUGCCCUUAUCCUCGGCAAGACAGCUACAACUGAAUUCGCAGCCACAGGUGUGGGCACGUCAUGCACUAACCCACACAAUCCUCGACACUCUCCUGGCGGAUCUUCAUCAGGUUCCGCAGCGGCAGUUGCGGAUUUUCAGGUCCCUAUCAGCAUGGGGAGUCAAACGGGGGGGAGUAUUAUACGUCCUGGAGCGUAUAAUGGCAUUUACGCUUUUAAGCCCACGUGGGGACUCAUAUCAACAGAGGGGAUGGGCCGAUUUUCUACCACUUGCGAUACAAUUGGCUUCUUUGCGAAUACUGUUCACGAUUUGUAUCUCCUAGCCAAGGUAUUUCGGCUUGAUUUUGACACAGUUCCAAACCCCCAUCCAUUUCAGAUUAAGCAAGCAAGGAUCGCCUUCGUUACAACGCACGUUUGGGAUCAUGCAGGUCCAGGAACUCACGCAGCAUGGCAAAAGGCUCGCUCACUCCUGUCUGCGACAGGAGCUGUGUUGGAGGAUGUCGACCUGCCUGAACCAUUUGCACGGUGCUGCGAUUGGCAAAAGGUUGUGAUAGCAGGGGAAGGUCGGACAGCGUUUCUUUCUAUCGAGAACAGUGUUGACAAUAAUUGGACAGAAUAUGUUGAUUCCGUGAACAAAUUACAUCCGACAUUAGCCAAUUUCGUCGAUAAUCCUAAUCCUCCAACUCGCAAGGAGCUGGUGCAAGCGUAUGACAGUAUUUCUGAGCUACGUCAACGGUGGGAUCGGGUUGCCUGUCAAUAUGAUGCCAUUAUCACACCUAGUGUAACGGAUGAGGCGCCUGAAGGACUAGGAAGCACGGGUAGCUCGUCUCCGCUGUUUGAGUUCGUCAAUUUGAAGACGUGA